AGUUGUGUAUUUUAAGAUCUUGUCAUAUCGGCGUUCAGCGUACCAUACGCGCCAUUUGUUUCACUGACUGUCGAAUCAGACUGUUUGAUUUACCCUUUUCAGAUUUUAAAAAUAUACCAUGGCUGAAGGAAACUUCAGAAACGGAUCCCUUCUAGAAUCAGAGGAAAAUAACGGGGGAAACACUGAUGUAGAAGAGGGGCACACUGAUAUUGGGAUUGAAAAUAAUAGAAUUGAAGAGGUGAAUCCUGAUUUAAACGAUGAUCCCACUGGUGACACGGGACCAAGUGAGUCAGAUGAUCCCACUGGUAACACAGGACACAGAGUGUUAGAUGAUCCCACUGGUGAAGCAGGACCCAGAGAGUUAGAUGAUCCCACUGGUGACACAGGACUCGGAGAGUCAGAUGAUUCCACUGGUGACACAGGACCCAGAAAAUCAGAUGAUCCCACUGGUGGCACAGGACCCAGAGAGUCAGAUGAUCCCACUGGUGAAACAAGACCCAGAGAGACAGAUGAUGUCACGGGUGACACAGGACUUGUAGAGUCGGAUGGUUCAUCAGAAGAUAGUCCGGACGGCUUCUGCUUUGUUUACCUUGACAAAAAAACAAAUACUGCCACAAUAGACGAAGUCAACGAAAAUACAGCAAACGGCCCUGACGACGAAGAAACACAGGGUGAAGAUGACGAUGGGGAAAUUUCACAGCCAGAGGAGGACUCCCAUGACACUGACGGAUUCGAUGGCGCGAAUAAUCAGCGUGGAAAACGCAACACCGGAUAUAGACUUGGUAUCCUGAUUUUGUGUUUAAUUUUAACGUGGUUUACAUUAAAUCAAAUGGAUGAUCAAUUCAUUACUCCGUCUAACUCUCAUCGCUUACAAACAGCUACUCCGAUUGAUAUUGUGGAGGCAACUAAUGAAAGAUUACCGAAUACAAAUUACGUAAACCCAGUGGAAGAAACACAAAAUCAAAAUAUGCGAGCGGGUCUGUGUUUUUCUGGGUCACAGCAUGAUUACCAGUUCUGUAAUGCUCCCAGCUCUACGCUGCCUAUGAACAUACCGCAGCUGAUGAUUGAGGAGGGUCGCUACACAAUACAGAGCUUAUGUCCUGACGACGAACAGGCCGUAGACCAAUCAAAUGAACAGGAAAGGGGUAUUCAAGGUUUAUGUCCAGGUGGUGACAGUGCAGAGGGUGGCCCGAUAAACACGUGCAGUCUUGACAACUGGUUGAACAUGGUGUAUACACAACUGGAUAAUUGCCCAUGUUUACUUCGUGAGGUGAGACGUCUUGCUGAUGACGGAAUUCCCCUGUUUGUGAAUCUUGUUGAGUCCCAUCGGCUAUGGAAGAAAGGCCAUAUAUCAGAGGCCAAGUGGAAGCUAUGUGGAAAUCACGACAUGCGCUCAAGUGAACCUCAGAGAAUUCUGACGUUGUUGGAGUCUCAACUUACUCAUUGCUUCAACACGGUGAACGGAUCGAACGGCCUCGUGCAAUUACCGCAUGUAAUUCUACAAGGGCAAAGAGACAACGGAAGUGAAUGGCAAGAUAUAGCCGAAGCAGUCUCCGCCUAUGAGACAAGGGCAGAGCAGGUGAUGGUGUUUCCUAGACCGCCUGUUUUCCUGUCGCUACUGUUGGCGAAUCUCGGUAGUUUCCAGGAGGAUUCACACCGUAUCAGCCCAAACAUAACCUUUGCUGGUGAAAGGUAUUACCUGGCCGCUGUUACGUACACUGUGCCUGGACCUACGACAGAUAUUCAACAUUUGGUGUCGAGAGUUUUUGUGCCAAAUAGGGAAUUUUCAGCUGAUGGCUUACCACAGGGAAGCUGGUGGUUUUACAGCAACAUGGGAGAGGGGCGGCUUGUUCGGUUAACGUACCCUCACUGUUAUAGGAUCAGCAUGGCACAUUACGUAAGGGUUUUUAGAUCUGAUCAGCAAGAUUGGGCACAAGCAACCCAGAGAGAAGAAGUAACAGAUUGGCGUACAGACGAAGUACAAACUGAACAUGUACAUGGGGAACAAUCUGAACAUGUACAAGAGGAUGGGGAACAACCGGAACAUGUACAAGGGGAUGGGGAACAACCGGAUCAUGUACAAGGAUAUGGGGAACAACCGGAACAUGUACAAGGGGAUUGGGAACAACCGGAACAUGUACAAGGGGAUGGGGAACAACCGGAUCAUGUACAAGGAGAUGGGGAACAACCGGAACAUGUACAAGGGGAUUGGGAACAACCGGCACAUGAACAAGGGGAUGGGGAUCAACCGGAACAUGUACAAGGGGAUGGGGAACAAUCGGAACAUGUACAAGGGGAUGGGGAACAACCGGAUCAUGUACAAGGAGAUGGGGAACAACCGGAACAUGUACAAGGGGAUGGGGAACAACCGGGACAUGUACAAGGGGAUGGGAAACAACCGGAACAUGUACAAGGGGAUUGGGAACAACCGGAACAAGUACAAGGGGAUGGGGAACAACCGGAAUAUGUACAAGGGGAUGGGGAACAACCGGAACAUGUACAAGGGGAUUGGGAACAACCGGAACAUGUACAAGGGGAUUGGGAACUACCGGAACAUGUACAAGGGGAUGGGGAACAACCGGAACAUGUACAAGGGGAUGGGGAACAACCGGAAUAUGAACAAGAGGAUGGGGAACAACCGGAACAUGUACAAGGGGAUUGGGAACAUGUACUUGAACCUGUAGACAGAAAAUGA